ACACUGCAAGUGAACAUAAAAAUCGAAAACUGAUUUAUUUACAAUAAACAAAGGGGUUUAUCGGGUCCAGCACGCGCAUUUGCUGAAAACCAUUUGGCCAAAGGUUCAACCCAAAUUCCAUCCAACGACGCGGACUACUAGUAGUACCCGCAGCCAAAAUUGGCGCUAUGCCGUGCUGGUAUUACGACAAAAAGGAGCUGCGGGAAACGCCCUCGAUCUUGGAUGGAAUAAGCUUCGAAACGGAGCGGCGGUACAGAAAAGAAGGUGCUCGAUUUAUCAUGGAAUGUGGCACCAAAAUGGGCUUGGGCCACAACACAAUGGCCACCGGCGUUGUAUAUUUUCACCGAUUUUACAUGUUUCAUUCGUUUCGGAGUUUCCCCCGAUACGUGACUGCGUGCUGCUGCCUAUUCUUUGCUGGCAAGGUGGAGGAGACCCCAAAGAAGUGUCGCGACAUUAUUAAAACUGCACGUGGCAUCCUUACCGACAAUUACUUCUACUCGUUUGGAGACGACCCUAAGGAGGAGGUGAUGACGCUCGAGCGUAUUUUGCUGCAGACCAUCAAAUUCGAUUUGCAGGUAGAGCAUCCUUACACCUUUCUCCUAAAGUACGCUAAGUGUUUCAAAGGCGACCAGCAGAAGCUGCAAAAGAUGGUGCAAAUGGCGUGGAACUUCGUCAACGACUCUCUCAGCACAGUAGUUUGUCUACAGUGGGAACCGGAGAUUAUUGCCGUGGCUCUUAUCCAUUUGGCCAGCAAGCUAAGCAAAUUCACUGUGCAAGACUGGGAAGGCCGCCAGCCACAGCAGCAGCGUUGGUGGGACAUGUUUGUGUCUGAUGUUACGAUGGAAAUACUCGAAGACAUCUGCCACCAAGUUCUGGACCUGUACCAAUCAACCCAAAAAGAAGCGCUCCAGCCGACCAGUCCGCCCCAAAAGCCACCAAGCAGAGCCGACAGUCCAAAAGCCGGCAAGCUUACCAAUUCUACGGGUAUUGGACCACUUUCCGUUCCCCAACAGCCGCCGCCCCCAGUAUGUGGAAACGGUGGCGUGCUGGAGGUUAGCAACAUUCAGAGCAUUAAGUCCCUAGCCAGUGGAGUGCCAGUCAUUGGUCCUAGCGACUCCCAGAAUCUGUUACAGGGCCCAACACCUCCUGGUCAGCCAUCCGGGUACCAUCUUUACCAUGCACCUCCACCGCCGCCCCCGCCGAUAGUGCCUAUGCCGCCGUACCCCUCUUCCGGCUGGGGAGUGCAGCAGACAGUGGUCGGACACUAUAGCGGGAGCGCUGCACCACCACCACCAAUGCCGCCUACCUUGCCACCAGGAUCCGGUGGAUACUACAACGCCGGUGGGCGUCCAUCGCAGCAGCGGUACUAGUAGAGACCUCUCGGUAGAUGCAAUAACAAGAAACAAGAAAAGAAACAUUUGUAUAUUAAAACUAGCGAACCGUUCAUAAUAGAAUUUAGAGCGGGGAUUUUCGUUCGGUUCGGUUCCGUUUUCUUUUUUGGUAACACUCAAGGCCCAAUUUUGUCAAGGGGUAUUUAUCAAUGAUUUUUAUUCCCUAUGUAGAGCUAGGUUCCUUACCCUUUCACAUGUACUUGUCUGCAUAAUUUUGCUGAAGUGAUGUUUCCAAAACUGAAUAAAACUAAAUAAACUAAAAAAAA